GUGCAGCGAAUCUAAUCUGCCGGAUUCCCCCUUCUAGCCGACGCCGGCCCUCCUGCAGCGACGCCCGCCCGUCAGCAGCACGCCGAUCCAGGCGCCCUGUCCGUCCAGGCCGCCUCCAGCCAGCGCCUGUGCUGUCCAGGCCGCCUCCAAACAUCCCGAUCUCACAGGUAUUGGAUCUUCAGCCUGCUCAAUUAUGCCUGCUCAAACAUUCAUCCAAGUUCAGUGCUCCUUGGGUAUGGUUUGUGGUCACCACGUUCUGCAAUCUAUAGUCAGAUAUGUGUUCUUUAGAUCAUAUCACUGUGUGAAACUGUUGCGCCAUAAUCUAUGUUUUAUGUUGUCCAGAAAACUCAUUGUUUUCAUUUUUAAUUGAACUAUUUUGGCUAUUGAAUUUUCAUAGAGCUUUAUGUGAUGUUCAAUUAUAGCUUACCUACUAUUAUGAUAAAUAGAUGGAAGACUUUGUGCCGGAUAAAGCCAAUUGGGACGCUUUUCAUAAUAGGGUGUUUUGUGAAAUUUGUGUGGAGGAAAUAGAUGCUGGGAAUAGGCCACUCGGAAGUAUAACUUCCAAGGGCUAUAAGAAUCUUUAUGAGAAAUUCUUCUCUAGGACAGGAAGAAAACACACUAAACUGCAGCUGAAAAACCGAUGGGAUGCACUGAAGGGUUUGUACAACUUUUGGUUAACCAUUAAUAAAGCUACUGGACUUGGAUGGGACAGUGCUAAAGGAACGGUUGUGGCAAGCGACAGUUGGUGGAAAGAAAAUACAAAGGGACAUGCAGAAUGGAAGAAACUUCGGAACGGUCCCCCUGAAAAUCUUUCAGAACUAGAAAGGAUGUUUGAUAACAGUCAUGUCGAUGGUUCUUCCUCUUAUGUUCCCGGUGAAGGAGUGGGAGCAAAUGUCAUUAAUGAGGAACAAUUGGGUGAUGUAGGCGUGGAGGAAAUCAACAUCAAUAGGAAGGGUGCCAAUAUGUUGAAGCGAAGUGCUUCUGUUAACAAUGAUAGCCCAAAGAAGUAUAGAAAGAACCCUAUGGUUAAGAUAAUGAAAGGCAUAAUGGAAAAUAUGCAAUCAUCUAGUGCUGUAACCAACAAGGUGUUGCAAGGUGAAAUGAGGUCCGAGUCAAUUAAGGAAGUGAUGCGUUUGACAGUCGAGUCUGGAGCAAUUGAAGGAAGUGACGAACAUUUUAUGGCUACCAAGCUUUUUGUCAAAGCCGAAAACCGUGAUAUGUUUCUCACUUUAACCACCAAAGAAGGAAGGCUCAAUUGGCUGAAAAGAUGGUGUGACGAGAAGAAAAAGGAGUAGUUGUUUAAUUUGGAAGUAGUACUACUAUCGUUAUGUAAUAUUGCUAGGAUGGUUUUGUUAUUUUGCAUGGAACAAUGGUGCUAUUAUCGUUUUGUUAUUUUGCAUGAUCCAAUGUUGGUAGUAUGG